GCUGAUUUUUUCUCCGCUGUUUACAAUAUGUUCGACCAAUACGCCCCAAUCGGAGAAGUGAUGGCACUAGCAGUACAGCUCGAUAGCUAUCGAUAGCUCGAUGACCAGUCAGCAGAAUAAUUAUCGGAUGGCACUGGUUUCCUUCGAGUACAACUAAUUUGCAUAUAUUGUGCUUUGAUUUGUAUCGGUGAAGGACAUGUCAGCGUGUAUCAAGCGUGUCAAGUGUAUCUAUAUCUGCAUCUGGAUCCGAAUCCAAAUCCGAAUUCGAAUCUCUGUCGGUCACCUUGGCAUCCGAGAGUGCGCCGAUGCUCAGUAAAAUAUGCAUCACUUCAAGGCGGACGGUCAUAUCAAGCCUCGAACCUCAUCAAGUUCUCGAACUGGCCGUCCGCCUAAGAGGAUCACACUGCCGGAUUCGAGGACUGGAGCACUGGAACAGUGGAGGACUGGAGCACUUUAGGACUGAAGGAUUGAAGAAGGAGCCGAGAUGCGGGUAAUUCAAUCAGGAAUCGGUUUCGCUCUGGCCACAUCCACAUUGAUCACGUCUAAGUCGGCUGCAGAUCCCGGAUGGUGGAUCGCAGAUCCGGAGAUUACUCAUCCAGAUGGAAAUGGAAGCGGGAAAGCAUCUCCGGUGCGGAAGUAGUGCACGUCGCUCUCCGGCCCCCCGAGCUUCGUUUAGUCAUGCAUCUUGCGGCGGGCACGGGCGUGAUACGGGGGCCAGCGCUCCCCGGCGGAGACUCUCUUCCGGUCUGCGGUCACGUGGGGAGAGUGCUCUGCGCUCUGUACUCUACGCUCUGCAUUCUGAACUGUGCAUUCUAGUCGCUGCACCGUUAGCCAAGAAUUGUUUUGGUCUCUUUGGAUGGGGGGCACCCAACAUCUUCGUACUUAAAUCACGCGGCGCUCAAUUGGCAUGCGAGUUAUGCAACAUUCUCGGAAGCGAGCGCACCCAGCGACCUUUUAAGCGCGUCUGCCCUGCUCCAAGUCAUCACUGCCACUCCAGAGCUGACCGCGCUCGCAACCAAGGUUCCACGAAAAGCAGGCACACUAGGCACACACCAGUCCUUCAGAGUCAAAUUCGUCAGAUGAUCCCAGGACCACGAGGACAAACUAGUACCAGUCAAGUUUCGAGUCAUCUAAAGUAGAGUGCCCACCAUGACGCACUGCCUUUGGUCGACACUGCUGGGCCUGCUGUCCGUGCUCUCCGCCGCCACCAGCCGCUCGGUGCGGCAACUACCAAGCGCAUAUCCACCGGUGCUGCCCACCGGAUACUACGGACAGCCGCCGUAUGCUUACCCACACUACGGCUAUGGCUACCAGGCGCCACCACCCGUCUACCAGCCUUACUACGACAACGUUUUCGGCUUCUUCAAGAGCUACCCCGGCGGUGGGUUCCCUGUGCGGUUCGAUUACAACAAUCGCUGCUCACGCAACUACAUUGGCAUCAAGCCCCAUCCCGACCAGCAGCAGUACUACUACGUCUGCAAACCCGACUGUGUUAUCUUCAGCAAAUGCCGCAGCCUUGAGAGCUUCGACGCCAGCAGCGGGCGAUGCGUGCAACACGUUCCGCAGCACAGACCGGACCACAGGCCGCCGCAGUGCGAGAAGGAGGGCCGCUUUCCACACCCCCACGACUGCAAGGUGUACUACAGGUGCGACAAAAACCGGACGCAGCCCUGGCUAUUCGCCUGCCCGGCGGGCACCAUUUUCUCGCCGGUGGAGCGCAAAUGCUUGCCCGGCGACCAGUGCCCCUCGACGGAGAUAUCGGACAGUGGCAGCUACAUUCCCCAGAACUGCGAGCUGAAGUUUCCCGAGUGCGCCGAGGAAGGCACGUUCCGCUCCCCGACGGACUGCGCCCUCUACUACACGUGUCGAUUGCAGGCAAGUGGCACCUAUCUGCAGACACGAUUCAAAUGCCCCGGCAGCAAUAGCUUCGAUAUCGAGCGAAAGCUGUGUCGUCCCCGCAGUGAAGUCGACUGCUUUGACUUUGUUCCGGGUCCGGUGCAGGUACCCUACGCUCCACAGCCCUACUAUCCACCCUAUCCAGCUGCACCACCGCUCUACGAAGAGGACGACUACGAUACGGAAGCCAGGGAACAGCAGCCUGCCCUUAAGUCCGAAAAGCUUCAGCUAACGGCGCAGGCCUUUGAAAGACCAUCAUUGAAUGUGGUGGAGCUGCCAAAGACUGCGGAACCUACCCCUGUUUCUGCCUAUCAUAAAUAUCCCGCCUAUCCCUCGUACCAUCGGGGCAAGGAAACGGCUGCAGAAAACAUAGAAGUUGAGGAGGAGGGCGUUCCGCGCAAACUACAGCUCUCGGAAAACAUUGCCAUCGUACCAGAGGAUACAGCUACUCGUGAGCCUUUAAAGGAUACUAGUAAUUAUCAAUACAAAAGGUACACCUAUGGUACAGACAAGAACGAUGUCACGGAGGCUCCGGAACUCAAAUCACCUUUAAAGGGCUUGCAUCUUUCGCAAAAUAUUGUCGUUCUCUCAACUGAACCUACAAAUCCUACAACGCCUACAACAACUACGAGCAAACCAGCGGUGCAUACAUGCCCCACUAUUGCUACACAGGGUACAACGCCCAAACCAAGCACAACUACCACAGUCAGAAAUACCACCCCAAUAAUUUCAAGUACGGAACCACAUAGCACAGCGUCCGCGAAACCUACUACUGGAAGACCAACAACAGUUACUGAGAAAACCUCACCAGCUACCGAAAAACCGAAGACUACUACAGUGACAUCAACGACUCAUAAACGAAGUACGACCACUCACAACACUUCUCACAAAACGUCAACAGCUUCUAGCACUACCAAAAACACAACAACUUCUCCCCGAACUACAAAAAAUACAAAGAAGCCACAUAGUACCACUCCAAAAUUCAGCACCACGACUCAGAAAAGAACAACGACUACUCAUAAAUCUACUGCAGCAACAACUACUACUGAGAAACCAAAGUCGACUACUGAGAAAACAUCAACAGCUGCCACUACCACUAAGAAAUCUACGGAAAGUUCCCCUAAACCUUCGAGCACUACGGAAAAAACAAGUACAACUCCCAAACUUUCAACAACAACGACACCAACGACAACUACAGUCACAUCCACUACUCCAAUAACAACAAUCACCGCUUCGAGAUCCUCCACGGAAAGUACGUCCACUCAACACCCAACAACAACUACCACUCAACCAACAACAACGACGACUGCGAAGUCAACACCUACGAAAAAACCAACAACUAUUGCCCCGAAAUCCUCUACAACAACAACGACCACGGAAAAGCCAACAACUACUACUACUACUACUUCAACAACGACCGAAAAGACGACACCGACAGCGCCAACAUCAACUAAAUUCACUACCACAACCCAAAAACCGGCCACAAUUACACCGAAAACUACAUCUAUUCAACACUCAACAACAACUACACCUCAACCAACAAAAAAGACGACUCGGAAGUCAACCACUACGCCACAACCAACAACGAUCGCUCCGAAACCAUCUACAACAACAACGACCACGAAACAGCCAACAACUACUACUACUGCUAUACCAGCAACAACGGCACAGAAGACGACUACACACAAACGGGAAACAACUCCACAGAAGACCUCGACUAGAACACCUACCAGCAAAACAACAACAACUAAGAAUCCAGAGCCCACGACUCCGAAACGUACUACUCCGAAAACAUCACCAAGCACCGAAAGGACAACGAUUAGUACUUCCAAGCCUACCACCGAAAAAAGUACCGAAAAUCCAACUACGACCUCUGUGAAGACUUCUGCAUUACCUAGCUCCACUCAAAAACCAACAAGUAUUACUUCCGAAUCGACUACAACGACCCAGAAAACAACAACGACGACUCCGAAACCAACUACGCUGAAAACUUCUACUCAGGAACCAAUAUCUUCUACUCAUGAAGCUUCAACGGUUUCUACUACCACGAAGAAGGCUACAGAUAGUUCUCUGAUACCUACACUAAGCACGGAAAAACCAACUACAACUCCCAAGCCACUGACAACACCGACUCCAACAACUACAGUGACAUCUACUACUCCAAUUACUACAACCACCAUUUCGGAAUCCUCUACGGAAAGUACGUCGUCUCCAAAGCCAGAAUCUACUACUCCUAGACCCACAAAAACGACGACUGCAAAGACAACAACAGUGACCAUAUCUACUCAAAAUCCAAUCACGUCCAGUCCAAAAACCUCCUCGGCAACAAUACCCACACCAAAACCAAGUUCCAGCACACAAAGGCCGACCCCAACAACUCGCCAACCGACAUCAGUUACGUCACCAACCACAAGUAUUGGAACAACGAAGAUUCCAACUACCACUACCCCGGAAGUCUCCACCGCCUCGACUGCAGUGACCACUGUGACGCGACCGCCAUGUCCCGAUCCCGACUCGACCACAGAUCAGAACACAAAUCCUGCAUGCACACAAAAAAACCAACAACUGAAUCUACUUGAACUACAAUCACCACAGAAACAAGAAAAGCUCAUCCACACACAAACCAACACGGCAUUUACCGGAAGUAGGAACACUUUGGGCGGGCAGGAAGUGCCUGACUACAUGGACGAUGCACCGUCCUCCGCCGAUGCCGAAUCAGGGCAGGCAACCACAGCCAGGGCUCCAACCAUGUCUACCCUGGCGGCGGCCCACCUUCUGCAGAAACUGUUUCACAUAAUCUCCACCACGCCGCCGAGCAAAGAGCAUGCUCCCACUGAGCGACCAUCCAGUCAGCUGUCCUCCAGCCCGCGUCCGCGAGGAGUGACCAUUGCUCAGAUGGCCAGGCACAACCUGGCCACCUCCAAGCCCUUUAUCGCCCACUCUCUACGGCUCUCCAUCCAGCAGCUGGCCUCCACCCAGAAGCGCUCUAUUCAACCCAAGGCCCUUGUCACGCACAACACUACCAAGAAGGAGCCGGAGGACUCCGAGUACUACGACAGUGAGACAUCGGAGCAGUACGCGGACGAGGACAACGAGCAACUGGACAAAACGCAGCCAAGGGCAAUGUCCAGCACCACUGUGCCCGCAGUGAUCCCUGCAGCACCGUCUACGACCACUGAGCCACAGGCACAUGAAUCCACUUCUGUGCCCAGUUCGACCAAGCCAGCUCCCUCCACCAUAGCCCAGCCCAUUGAGUCCACAACUGGAGAGCCGGACUACGGCGACAGCUCUGCCGGCUCUGACUAUGUUAAUGACGUGAAUGACAUUUCGAGCGGAGUAGUCACCAGCCUGGAGGCCAGGAAGAACUUCCUGCUCAGCCUCCUGAAGCAGCGCCUAACUCAUACGGAAGUAAAGAAGCCAUCGCCGGCUAUGACCACAUCCACAACCACAGGUGCCCCUCAGACAUCGAGCAGCAGUAAAAGUCCUGCGUCCACCACAAGCGAGAGCACUGUUUCGCCCACGAGUUCGACCGCAAGACCAGCUCUGACUGCUAGUAAGCACUUACGUCCAGAGGCACUCAGUCAGAGGCAGAAGAGUUCGACACCUCUGAGUGCGGAAUACUAUGAUGAGGACGACGACUACAUGGAAGACGAGCCCGCUGCUUCUUCUGAUGCUGACCAAAAAGAGCGUGGCGCAGUCUUAGUAGGGGAUAAGCCACCAGCAGCCACCGCCAAGCGGCACGUGGCACUUCCAUCCGCGCAGCCUCUUAAACAGACGAUGCUCAAUAUAUUAGCAACCAAGAGCGAGGCAAACGAAGUGGAAGUGAAAGCCGCAUCGGACGGGCUGCAGUUUAGGAAACUUGGUAGCAAGAAUAGUCAGAAUCCCACCGAAAGUCCAACCAACAGCUCAUCAGUAGUUGCUGAGGCUCUUAGCCGAAGACUGGCCGCCAAAUUUGGGCAACCUUCUGGACCAAACGUGCCACACACAUCUGAUCCAAAGCCAACCGACUCAGUCAUGCAAACAACGAUACAAAGCAGAGUACCACAAACUGAAUCAUCUUCGCAAACACCACCAUCGACAUCUGCAGCAACACCAGCGACACAAAAACAUCGAACAGGCAAAUCGGGAAAACAAAAACCAGAGUCAAUCGCACAAAGUACCCAAGAAAUAGUCACACAGACCACUCCAGAAUCAGCGCCACCAGCAACAGCAACCGCAACAGCAACACCUGUGCCCGUCGCAGUGCGCCAGGAAGUGCUGUCGGUGAACAGCAGGCCCUGGUUGCUGGCGGCGCGCAACCAAACCGUCCAUCUUACACCCAUCUCCUCCAUAUCGUCCAUCUCCGCCGCCGCUCGAGCGCCAAGCAACCCAGUGAGCCUCGCUAACCGUUCGUUCAAUCCACUAGUGUCCAGUCCCGAGGACCACUCCACGGAGAAGGUGCCGCAGCUCAUCGUGAAGGUGUACGAGCCCAUCGACCUGAAGAUCGUCUUCUGUCCGAAGUCCUGCGACCAGGACCACGAUCACAAAUUCGAUGGCUUGUGUACGGCGAUUGUUUCCAGUGGGCGACUAGGGACAAGCCAGGCGAAAUGAACUUGAAAUGGAAGCCAGAAACGCACUAAUGUCCUUCAACGACUGGACUGGCAAAUACCAAGUUCGCGGAUACAGUUUGCUGCUACACCUCCCUGCCCGCUGCCACCCACUGUGGCGGUCUCAUGUGCGCGGCGACAAAGUUUUUAUUCCUUUGUUUAGAAUAAGCAUAAAUGCGCACGUGUUCCGGCCGCUUUAGUGCACGGCAGAUUGGGAGAAUGGGACGGGACCGUUAAAUUUUAAUGCGUCCGUAUCGAUAUGCGAGCACGGUCCGCUCCAGCGGAAUCUAUAAAAGCGAAAAUCGCGUGUCACCAUCGUGGGAUUCCUGUUUCUCUAACGCUGCCUGCGAAGUCUCAAUAAGGCAAUUGGCAUCUGGAGGUUAGUUGGGCGAAGAAUGGCAGCUGCAUCGCCACACCCGCUCUUUGUUUCCAGCCCAUGGGAGCUCGCCUAUGAAUAUCCCAUGAGCUCACGCACUUAAGCAUCUGCUCGUACUUUGCGUAAAUUCGCAAUGUCGCAACAUCUAAUCAAUACCGCCAAAACUUGGCUCAGAGCUCAGCAAGAAGUCCACGUUUACCAAUGCAUAGAAGCAUGUGAUUUUUACCUUUAACUGGAUUUUCGAAAUUAGUGAUAAACGCUUAAAAUUUUCCUAUUUGAUUUCUGGCAGCUCUUGAGGAUACAAAUGUUUGAUAUGCGAUCAGGCAGAGCCUAAAAGACCACAAUAAAUUAUGCAUGUUCUCAAUAAAAA